AUGGCCAGCGAGGCCUUGACAGAGGACCUCGCGGGGGAUCAGCUGGCUGAAGUCCUGGUACCCGCUGACCAGAGUGAUGCUGAGUCUUCGAACGACCCGGAUGGCCUGUCCGUGCUCCAGCAGCUCGGCCUGGACCAAAACUCGGACUUCUCGGACACCAGCGUGCAGCAGCGCCUGGACGAGCACCGCGAGAGGAUCCGCAGGGAGAUCCGCAAGGAGCUGAAGAUCAAGGAGGGCGCGGAGAAUCUGCGCAGGGCCAUCACGGACAAGAGGAAAGGCCAGCAGGUGGACUCGCAGCUCCGCAGCUCCAAGCGCAAGCUGGAGAACCUCCAGACUCAGCUGCAGGAGCUGGACGCACACAUUGUUGUCAAGGGCCCAGAUGACAACAAAGAUACCAUUAUGUCUCCGGGCUCUGUCAGUCGGACGUCAGCCAAUCAGCACCGGAUUGCGGCUUUGGAGCGGCAGCUAAACAUUGAGCUGAAGGUCAAGCAGGGGGCGGAGAACAUGAUCCCCAUAUACUCCAGUGGGGGUACCAAGGACAAGAAGCUUCUCCAGACAGCUCAACAGAUGCUGCAGGACAGCAAGACCAAAAUAGACAUCAUCCGCAUGCAGAUCCGAAAGGCCAUGCAGGCCACCGAGCAGUCCGACGACAACCAAAGUAAGCCGGACCUGUUCGGGGUGGAGCUGCGUGUGGAGGAACUUUGGCAUCACUAUCGCGUGGAACAUGCCAUGGCUGAGGGAGCCAAGAACAUGCUGAGGCUGCUGGGUGCAGGAAAAGUCCAGGAUAAGAAGGCCAUCGCUGAGGCCCAGUGUGGUCUGAGCGAGUCGUCCCAGCGCCUGGACCUCCUCCGGUGCUCCAUGGAGCAGCGGCUCCAGGAGCUCCCCGAGGAUCACCCCAAGGCCUGCCUCAUCAAGGAGGAGCUGGUGCUGGCGUCCUCCUCGGCGUUCAGCUCCCAGCAUAGCACCCCCUAUGUGCACAACCAGUAUAGCACGCUGAGCAAACCGUCGCCGCUCACAGGCACCCUUCAGGUCCACCUUCUCGGCUGUGUGGGGCUGCUAGACGUGGUUCCAGGACGGAGCAAGGGGACCCAGGUGGUUCUUCCUUCCUUCUCCCAGACCGACGGGCGCUCCUCGUUUAAACUGAUCGGCCUCUACAGCCGCAGCACCAGCAGCAUGAGCCUCAAGAUGCCCAGCAAGAACGACGAGCUCUCCUCGGAGGUGAGCGCAGUGCUGAAGCUGGAGAACACAGUGGUGGGACAGACUCCGUGGAAAACAGUGGGGGAGCAGGCCUGGGACCACACCUUCAUCGUGGAACUGGAGCGAUCCCGGGAGAUGGAGAUAGCCGUAUACUGGAGAGAUUAUCGCUCCCUGUGCGCCCUGAAGUAUCUGAAGCUGGAGGAGUUCCUGGACAACCAGAGACACCAGAUCCAGCUGGAGCUGGAGCCACAGGGGCUGCUCCUGGCUGAGGUGACCUUCUUCAACCCAGUCAUAGAGCGAGGCCGGCGACUGCAGAGGCAGAAGAAGGUCUUUUCUAAGCAGCAUGGCAAAGCUUUCCUGCGUGCACGUCAGAUGAACGUGGACAUCGCCACCUGGGUCCGCCUGCUGAGGAAUGCCAUCCCCAGUGGAAGCAACACGCCUGCAUACACUCCCACUUUCCCCAGCAACACGCUCACACACACCACAGGAGAAAUCUCUGUGGAGAAGCUGACUCUGGAAAAUGAUUCGCCUCCGAAAGCUGAGACUCGGAAAGAUGUGGUGGACGCCCCUGCGCCAUUGGAACAGACGCCCGUCAUCGAGCCGCCGUCUACGCCUGAUGUCCCAGCUCAGGAGCGGCCAACCAGAUCGCUGUCCCAGAACUCUUUACGCAGGGCCAGCAGGGGCCCUCUGUGUCUGCAGGACUUCAAGCUGAUCGCCGUUCUCGGCAGGGGCCACUUUGGGAAGGUGUUGCUGUCGGAGUAUAAAAAGACGGGCAGCCAGUACGCCAUCAAAGCCCUGAAGAAAGGAGACAUUGUAGCGAGGGACGAGGUAGAAAGCCUGAUGUGCGAGAAGCGGAUCUUCGAGACCGUCAACAGCUCCCACCACCCCUUCCUGGUCAACCUGUUCGCGUGCUUCCAGACGCCGGAGCACGUGUGUUUCGUCAUGGAGUACACGGCGGGAGGAGACCUCAUGAUGCACAUACACGCCGACGUGUUCUCCGAGCCGCGCGCUGUGUUCUACUCAGCCUGCGUGGUCCUGGGUCUGCAGUUCCUUCACGACCAUAAGAUUGUAUAUCGGGAUCUGAAACUGGACAACCUGCUCCUUGAUACGGAGGGUUUUGUGAAGAUAGCUGACUUUGGGCUCUGUAAAGAAGGCAUGGGUUACGGAGACAGGACCAGUACUUUUUGUGGUACCCCUGAGUUCCUGGCCCCCGAGGUGCUGACGGACACGUCUUACACCAGAGCGGUGGACUGGUGGGGGCUCGGCGUGCUCGUCUACGAGAUGUUGGUCGGCGAGUCUCCGUUUCCAGGUGACGAUGAAGAGGAGGUGUUUGACAGUAUCGUGAACGACGAAGUGCGCUACCCGCGCUUCCUGUCCACCGAGGCCAUCGGCAUCAUGAGACGGUUGUUGAGAAGAAACCCCGAGAGGCGCCUGGGCUCCGGAGAGAAAGACGCAGAAGACGUCAAGAAACAACCAUUUUUCAGAGGCAUGGACUGGGACGCACUCCUUCAGAGGAAAAUGCCGCCCCCCUUCGUGCCGACCAUCGCGGGGAAGGAGGACGUCAGCAACUUCGACAUGGAGUUCACCGCCGAGGCCCCCGCCCUCACGCCUCCCCGCGAGCGCCGCUCCCUCUCGCGGAAGGAGCAGGACUACUUCAAGGAUUUCGAUUACGUCUCCGACCUCUGCUAGGGCACGGAGGGUUUUACCCGCCCGCCGCCGGCCCCCGGACUCUGACAGGAGGCUGGCGGGGGGAGGCCGGCUGCAGCGGGACAUCACGGAGGAACGAGGAGGAUCCUUUUUACUUUUCUUUGUGUGAGUGUGUGUGAGAUCGAUGGGACAGCCGAGCUGAGCGUGUUAGUGAACACCGACUGCAUGUCGCGCACGAGUCCCAGGCCGUAGCUGGGCUUCCAGAUGUGGCUUUCAGAGAGGAAAUGAGAGAUGGACAACUCCUCUGGUGGAUCCUGAUGCGACAGGAAGCUGGUUCCCCCCCCCCCCGCUCAGAUAUCUGGACUCGCCCCACACUCUUGUUGUUUUCAUCCUUGCCGUUUGUCGCCGUUAACUGUGUUUAAAUGGGAACUGUGCCUCUCCCCCCCACCUGCCUCAGUCAUGCACUACCUGUAAGCUGCCACUUGUGGGCGCCAGAGGACGGCGUAGAAGGAGAAAGUGCUUUUGUUUGUUGUUUUUGCUGCCAAAGAAAGGCACCAUAAGUAGAGGUUUUCCAGGAUGAGCUGCUGUUUGUGUGUCUCUGCUUAUUCGCCCUCCUUCACAAUCAUUUCUUCCUGCCCUUUUUCAGUACAUUACAGAUUUUUUAAGUCUAAUCACUCUUCAGAGGGUUUUUUAUUAUUAUUAUUAUUUUUGUGAUAAACGUUUUAUCUCAGUCUGUGUUUCUUCUUCCUUUGUCAUUUGCUGAUAUAACCUGUAGCAGCCGUGAUCCAGUAAAGAUGUGAAACCAA